AAUGAAUGAAGGAAGGAAGGAAGGGAGGAGGAGGAGGAGGAGGCCCGCAGGGAUCGGAAUUAGAGACGCAGGAGAAGACCGCGUCUGGAAAGGAGCAAGAGGCAGGAAUGAUUCGAUGAGAGGGAGAGAAAAUGAAAGCCGAAGAAGCUCGUGCGCAAGAUUUGCAGCUGCUGCAGGUUCUGUGCUCCGUACGGUCCAAACUCCGGGCUCCCCCUGCAGCAGCAAGGCCGGCAGCAAAUGAGCUCUCGCAGCGGUAGCCUUGGCAUCCGAGGAUUUGGAUUCGAUCGCAGAUAAGCAAGCCUGGCUGCCUGCCGUGGUGAUUUGAUCUGAGAGCUGAUCGGUAGCGGAGAGUGGGAAUUUGAGGAACGGAUUUGGCGGAGGGGUUUUGAAGAAGGACGAGAAAGAUUGGAGUCAAAGGGAGAGGUUGAAUUGACGUGACAGGGAAGGAUGGCUGUGAGACUGUCGCUGCGGCAGGGUCCGUCGGACUCCGAGUUGCAGGAGGGCUGUGGGUUGCCCUGGGGGGCGACGAUCACCCCGUUCGCUGCUGUGGACGAGCAGGGCAGGGAGCCUGCUCACGGAUUGCACGCGCAGGACCUGCCCCGCUGCGAUAGUUGCUAUGCUUACAUCAAUGUGCUCUGUGAGAUGGAGCGCUGGUCCUGGACCUGUUCCUUGUGUGGGAAUUUGAAUGGGCUUCCCAAUGAUGUCGCUGAUCGUUACGCUCACACUCCAUCCUGCCCCGAGCUCUCUUCUUCCUUGGUCGACUUUGAUCUUGAUGAUGAGGAUGAUGUCGUUCGGGGACAAGAUUUUCAAGGACGACCGGUUUUUGUUGCAGCUGUCGACCUGUCAGCUUCUGAAGAAUUUCUGGAACUCGUCAAGAGUGCCCUCCUAGCAGCUCUUGAAGCUAUAAGUCCUGGGUCAUUAUUCGGCCUUGUUACUUUCAGCCAUAAGAUAGGUCUUUAUGAUAUACAAGGAGCGGUUCCUGUCGUAAAACAGGUCAUCAUUCCAGGAGAAUUGGAGGCCCGAAUUCCGGUGGAUCUUGAAAGUAUCAUGCCGCUCCAAUCUUUCUUAGCUCCUGUGGAGGCUAACAAGGAGAACAUUGCUUCAGCACUUGAAACACUGAAGCCCACCAGCUCAUGGGAGAGAGCAACUGCUGCAGGACAAAGUACAGAGGGUGUAACUAUGGGGGGCAGGGGGUUUGGUAUGGCUAUGGACUCUCUCAUCAAGUAUCUUGGAGCUGAGCGGGGUGCCACCUUUGCACUUGCCAGAGUCUUUGCAUUUCUUUCAGGUCCUCCAGAUCAUGGGGCUGGACAGUUAGACACUCAACGCUAUGGUGAACAAUAUGCAAGCAAGGGAGAAGAUGCCGAUAAAGCUUUGCUUCCAGAGCAAACUCCUUUCUAUAAAGAUCUUGCUGCAUUGGCAGUAGCAGCUGGAGUUUGCGUGGAUCUUUUCGCAAUCACGAAUGAAUACACGGAUUUGGCCUCACUGAAGUUUCUGAGUAUCGAAAGUGGAGGCGGAUUAUUCUUGUACUCCAACACGGAUGAGGCAACUCUACCACAGGACCUAUACCGGAUGCUUAAUCGACCUUACGCCUUUCAAUGCGCGUUGCGUGUCCGAACAUCUACGGAGUUCAAGGCUGCUCGUGUUUACGGUCAUUUCUUCCCAGAUCCACAAUACGAGAACCUUCAGCACAUCAUAUGCUGUGAUCAAUACGCCACGUAUGCACUGGACUUUGAAUUUGCUGGUCCUCAAGGAUUUAGCAGGAAUAAUGAAGCUCCUCCUGUGGCGCAAGUUGCAUUCAAGUACACAGUGAUGCUCCCUGUGGACGACGAUGAGAAGUAUUACAAGACCGAUGCCAACAAUGGGAAUGCAAACGGGACUGCAUCGAAAGGACAACGUUACGUGUUGAAGAGACGACUGAGAGUGCGAACAGUGGAACUCGGCCUCUCACGUAACAUCUAUGAAUUAUAUGAAAGUGCGGAUCCUGAAGUAAUUCUAACCAUUUUGACUCAUAAGAUUAUUCAGGCCUCCUUAAAUGACGGUGUGAAGGAAGGUCGUUUAUUGCUGCAUGAUUGGCUCGUCAUCCUUACUGCCCAAUACAACGAGUUUUAUAAGUUGGCACGCUUUAGCCAACCUAACACUUUCAGCAGACUCGAUGUUGCGUUCUCAAGUUGUCCUCAAUUGCAGCCACUGCCUAGACAUGUUUUUGCUUUACUAAGGAGUCCACUGCUUCGCCUUCACGAGGAAGGUGUCCAUCCUGACUUCCGAAUUUAUCUUCAGUGCCUCUCCAGUGCCUUGGAGCCGUCUUUUCUUCUCCGAUCGGUGUAUCCUAUAUUAUCUUCAUACACGACUCCAGACAAGCAGGCAUAUCCCAGACAUUCUCUCAGUCGUGCAGCCCUCAUCACGAGUGGGAGUCCAAUAUUCUUUAUGGACGCGUUCACCACUUUGAUCGUGUACUAUUCACCCACGGCAGACCCAUCCCUGCCUUUUCCUCCUCCUCAAAAUUGUCAAUUGCGUGCACUCAUCAACAAAUUGAAACAAGAGAGAAAUAUCACUCCCAAGUUGCUGAUGAUCAGGGGAGGGCAUGACAAUACUGAGCCAUUUGAGCGAUACUUGAUUGAGGAGCAAGAUGUCGAUGGAUCUGGAUUGGGAACGGGAAUGGGCUUUGUUUCUUUCUUGGAUCAAAUAGGACGUGAUGUGAUGCAAUAUUUGAAGUAAAGAAAUGUGUUCUACAAAACAUGAAGGAUCAUGGAUGAACUGCAUCUCUUGCUGCUACCGAACUACUUACCAGGACGGCGAAGGAGAAGAGGCCUGCUUAUGACCAAUUUGAGAUGGGUAGUUUCAGCAGUCACAGAAUAUCGUGAGUUUCUCCUUCAUGAAGCUUCAACCGUGAACACAGAACUGUUCGACAUGGAAAAUUUCAGGUUUAAUGCAGAUGAUCCUUGGCUGUGAUUAUUCAAUAUGUUUACAUGACGGGCCUGUCAACAGACAUAGGUUUCUCAAGUGUUUUCGGCCAACGUCCACCUGGUUGAGCUUGUUUCGGUCCCAUUUCAGAUUUACUGGUGAUAGCAGCGGCUGCUUGAUUUACAUAUUCGAGGGCCAUCGAGCUGAGAGAGUGGAUGCUCGUAUGAAGUAUUUCGGUUGACACGUUUGGAAUUGGGAAUAACUUCGAUCUACGGAAGUAAGAGCCUACAAUGUAGUUCUCAUAUCUUCUAUACAGUAUUUACGUCUUCAUUUCACCCGUCUGUCAAUACCAGCACUGCUUACAUUCCGGAAUCUACGGCCAUAGGAGCACGGGGGGCAAAUACUGGUGAAGGUGUACGGAACUCGAGCUUGUUAUAUGGUCCAUAAGUACUUCAAAUGAUAUACUUCAAAUGUAAUUCUGGGAUUCUGAGAUCGGAGCACAGAGUCAAGAUUUCAUUAGUGAUUAGUGCGUUUGUUUACCGCGGCCUGCGAGCAGGUUAAGCGUUCGCGGCUAUCU